UCGCAUAUUUCAAUUUUCAGUUCUCAGUGGCCUAAAAAAUCCAGCGGCAAACCUCUCUUCUAUAUGCUACUAACUGUAGGAAUAGAUUCCGUGCGAGAUUAUUUGAUAGCUUUCGUUAGCUGGCUACUUCCUUCACUUCAGCAACAUCUGACUAGCUAAAUUACGUUAUCUGAUGUGAUGUAGAACAGAUUAGUUGUCCAGCUAAUUUAAGUCAUUGGUUAGGUUAAUCAUCUCUUUGUUGAUCUUUUUUUCCCAAACCUGUGUGGUAACAAUGCAAUUUGGAAGGCACAGACAGUUUCGUUGUUGUCAUGAGGUUUCUCGCGUGAGGAGGGACGGAAGGACAUGGACAGCCUAUCCAGCCACAGCGCCUACCUGCUGCAGCAGCUGCAGGAGCAGCGCAUCCAGGGUCUUCUGUGUGACUGCAUGCUGGUCGUCAAGGGCGUCUGCUUCAAGGCCCACAAAAAUGUCCUGGCUGCGUUCAGUUCUUAUUUCAGGUCUUUGUUUCAGAACUCUCCCAGUCAGAAAAAUGAUGUUUUCCACCUGGUCAUCCAGGACGUGGGGGGUAUCGGCCAGAUGCUGGAUUACAUGUACACUUCUCACCUGGACGUGAACCAGGAUAACGUGCAUGGGAUACUGGACAUCGCCCAGGGCCUACAGGUCCCCAAUGUGCUGAGCAUGUGCAACAACUUCCUGAAGGCACGCUCGGAAGCUUCUAGCUGUGCCCCCGCAUCCUCUUCAGCUUUCCCUCUGUCCGGCGUGUUGCCCUCGGACACGGAUUGCCUACUGGGUGCCACAUUGGCCCCUGACAUCGACCUGCACUGCCCUCCUUCGUCGGAGGCCCAGAGGCCCACGUACGUUUCCUUGGACCUGGACCCUUCCAGGAGGGCGGGGCUACCCCCCAGCCACUCUUUUGAGACCCCCGGAGGAACGCUGGCCAUGCCGGAGAAGCAGCUCAUGCAGGGGCACAAGCUGCGAAACCUGUACAGCAAACAAUGCCUGAGGCAGAGCUCCGCCCUGAAUGGUGGACACGUCCCCAACCCAAACCCCUCAUCUAACCCUAAUCCCACUCCAAACCCUAUUGUGGGGGCAGCUCUGGAGCACCCCCCACCGAUAGCUACCCCUCUAAACGUCUCCACCCCCAUGCACAUCCCCACGUGUUUGCCAAACAACUGCCCACCCCCUUCCCAGCCCACGGAUGCAUGCCCGACCUCCCCUUCUGCUACACCCAACUCCGGAGGCAAGGGCUCCCCAGUUAGCAGGCAGAUGCGCCCCAAAAAGGCUGUAUACCUCAAGAAGUAUAACUACCUACGGUCCCAGAAGGCUCUGGAGGAGCUGGAAGAGCGGAGGGAGGCGCCAGACCCUCUUCUGAAAGAGAGCUGCCUGGUGCAACCCGCUAAACUGCCGGAGGAGACGCAGGCAGGUUGUCCGUCUGUGGAGCGGGACACGGAGCCAUCACUGGUGUCCGAAUCGCAACCUCCCUCUCCUCCGCCCCCGCCCCCCUCCGACGACCCAGAGCAGAUCUCCGGAAACGGGUCUGAGGAGCCCGGCCAGAACAAGCAGCACUGCUGCGAGAUGUGUGGGAAAACAUUCAAACAUCCCAGCAAUCUGGAGCUCCACAAGCGCUCGCACACCGGUGAGAAACCUUUCCAGUGUAACAUCUGUGGGAAGAACUUUUCUCAGGCGGGUAAUCUGCAGACACAUCUACGUCGACAUUCAGGAGAGAAACCGUACAUUUGCGAAAUCUGUGGCAAAAGCUUUGCAGCCUCUGGGGAUGUUCAGCGCCACAUUGUGAUCCACACUGGGGAGCGUCCACACCUGUGUGACAUCUGUGGGAGAGGGUUCAGCAACUUCAGCAACCUGAAGGAGCACAAGAAAACUCACACAACUGACAAAGUUUUCACCUGUGACCAGUGUGGCAAGUCUUUCAACAUGCAUAGGAAACUGUUAAAGCACAGAGUUCGCCACUCAGGAGAGAGACCGUACAGCUGUCCAACAUGUGAGAAGUGCUUUGCGGGGUCAGGCGACCUGCGGAGGCACGUGCGGACGCACACGGGCGAGAGGCCGUACAGCUGCGACGCCUGCGGGAAGUGUUUCACGCGCUCCGCGGUCCUGCGGCGGCAUCGCUCCGCGCACUGCCGCACCGAGGCCGACGCCACCGUGCAGGAGGAGCCGGACGAGGACCCGCCCUUCCUCCAGCCCGCCAGUCACAGCAAGCCCCUCCCGGAUCCCGAGCCCUACUCCGCCCUCCUGCCCCCUCCGCCUGGCCCCCCACCGGUGAAGCCCCAUCCCAGCAUGCACCUCAGCCCCACCUCCCCCACGUCCUUCUCCGAGCUCCGCUCCGUGGACCCCCAUCACCUGCCCCCCCAGCAGGAGAAAUGCCCCCCACAGGAUUCCCUCAAGAUCCCCAAAGGCCCCCACCUCCCCUCGCACUCCUUCUCCUACGCUGAAGAGAACGCCCCCGCUGGAGUGGAGGAGCCGCUGCAGGGUCCCGCCCCUUCCAUGGUCCGACCCUCACUGUCCACACUGGACAAUCACUGCGGCCUCCCCCCAGGCCACCGGACCAACAGCGCCCCCUACCGGAACAACGAGGGACCUUUUUUCUCCAGCGUCACACUGUGGGGUCUGGCCAUGAAGACCCUGCAGAACGAUGCCUGCAUGGAUCAGUGACACAGGACUGUAGAAAAUCAGUGUUAAAAUUAAAUAUAUUUAUAUGCAGAGCUAUUUUCUUACAUUCAUUUCUUUCCAAAGUAAUUAAAUACGCUUAUUUUUGUUUCUGUUUUUUUUUUGUACCAUGUGAACAAUAAGAAAAUUACUAUAACAUACUUAUAAAAUAAUGAAAUUAAAAGUUGGUGUCAGCGUACAAAUUUGUACAAGACAUUGUUUAUUUGUGAGUGACAUUAAUGGCAUUUGGAACAAUAAUAUUUGACGUUUAUGGAUCCGUAGUUGGCCAGACAUUCAAGCUUAUUAAGCAGGAUUUGACAAAAAGAAAAAUUAUUUUCAGUUCUCGGGGUUCUCAAAUGUGCUGGAGUACUACAGUGUCUGUCAUCUAUGUUUGUAUUUUAGCACUUGUAAGUGCUUAAUUUACACCACUGAUUGGCUAAUGAGACUGCAUGACUUGUUUCCAAGGUCUAAAUUUGCUGCUGACAAGACACUAACACCCCCAGACUAGAUUUGAGACACGUUACAUUUAUAUUAGUUAUUUGAAAUUUUUACCUCAUCAACUUUAAGUGACUUACUUACAGUUGAUUAGACUAAGCAGGGGGCAAUCCCCCUAGUAGCCAUGCCCCAAGAUAGGGCCUUGCUCAAGGGCCCAACAGCUGUGCAGAUGUUAUCAUGGUUACAGGAUGCCCUAUUAUACCCCUUUCUCACAGAAAACCCAGGAUAUACACGGGAUGCGGAACCCGGGAUUGACCCGCGUUUCACCCAUUCACACCCCACAAGUUCUUUCCAUUCACCCUGGACUUUCGCAGGUCUGCAAGUUUAGUAACCGCCGAACAGGGCUGUCCCACCUCAAAAUCAUUCAUUGUUGUGUUCCCUUGAAUUGAUCUGUCGCCUAUAUAUUUUUUUUCAAUAAAAAUAAAUAAAUAGAUAAAAUAAAGCCGGCGAUCAUGGACAGUUUUGUUUAUUGGAGAUUCAAAAUGGCACAUGAUCUGGUAUUUCCUAUGUAUUACAGGAUUUAUUUCCUUUGUGUCGUCAUCUAAUGUAAGCUUUAAUGCAAUCAGUACGGUAUACAAUCAUGUUCAAGCAUCUUUGCAAUCGAGAGGUUCGGGAAUUAUGUCUGAGCUAGAAGAGUCUGUUGUGAUCAGCGUUGUUUACUAGAGAUGAAUGAAAUGAAUGUAUUUGUCCAUCGUUAAUUCAUGGUAACAACUACAUUAGUUCAUUCCAAUUGAUGAACCUUAUUGUAAAGUGUGACCAAGGUAUUUUAAAAAAUUACUUUGGGUGCACCUUGAUGCACAGAUCCAGGUUGCCUUGCAUUUUCCAACCCAAAUUCUAACUUUCAUCAUUGUAGCGUACAACAAAAUGCAAAACUGGUCAGGCACACCAUUAUUUGUGAAAUGACUGUUGUGUGACAGUCGCACAGAAUGAAGUUAUGAAUAUUUCUAGUUUGCUCUUUUUCAGAUGCCACUUUUGGAGAAGUUAAUAGACUGUUCUUGAAAAGUAUGCCUAAAUUAAAAAUAUGAGCUGCAUAAUAGUAGAAAGGUAGUGAAACAAUUUUAAUUCGAAAUAUAGA